AUGAGGGGCAAAGCAAACAAGAAAAGCAAGCUAAUGCAAAUUACAAGAGCACCCAUUAGAAUUUUAUGCAAGGCAAGAGAUUUGUAUGUGAAAGGCAUGUUAGAUUUUGCUGAUAGUGGGAAGGUUGGCUAUGGAAGCACAGGCAGUGGAGGCCUUCACUUGCCUAAGAGUUUUAGUGUUAAUUCUUCAUCAACAGCAAUGAAGGAUGAGGAGUUAAAACAACUUGUACAAUUGUUUUCUUGCAAGCAAGGUGAUCUUUGUGGGAUGGGAAGGAGUUACAGUGUUGGGGUAGGGAAGAUUGGGAGAAUUGAUGAGGAUAGGACUUGUUCUUUUAGAGAAGAUGAUAAUGAUGGGAUGGAUAGUUCGUAUCUUAGAAAUAGAAGUCAUGUUGUUAGAAGGAAAGUUGUUUGA